UAUUCAUUCAACUCAUACUCAAAAUACUUGCCGUUUCGUUCAGAGAAUUGGCGUCAUGCCAAAACCAAGUCGGAUCAGGACAAAAGCAUCAAAUUAGCGAUGUGAAGGGAAACAAACGUGUUUCAGUUGUGACAAAAUGCGAGUUGUUGUUUUAAAAGGAAGGAAGUCAACCUUGACUCGAGAAUGAUAUGCAAUCACUUUCUCAUGAAUGGCUUGCCCAUUUCCCGUCGUCCAAUACUUGAGAUAAUUUUGUAGCAAAACUCAAAUGCUGUUGUCCAACCAGAACAUAUCCUUCAUAUUUCCAGUCAGUUCUCGUUCUUCUCAAGGAAUACAAUAAUACUAUUAUUAUUAUUUAUUUAGAUUCUGUCACCAAUUAAGCUCUGGAGGAACAUUUCUAAUGAUUUAAUUUAAUUUCAUUGAACUAAUCAAUCAAUAUUGGAUGUGGACUACACUUUUGUACCGAAGAUGGUUUAAGCAGUUAGUUCAGAUUGAGGGGGGCCACUAAUGCGGAGAAUUGGAGAAAGUUUCCAACAACAAUUCGGCAAGACUUAAAGGCUAUAAGAAGAAUAUCACAUGAAAGAAAUUACGCCUUUUGGGAAAUUGGGGCCAGAAGUAUGUGUGGCACAGAUGGAGAUAAGGACACAGACAAGAAUGAAGCAGAUCCAAAGGAAGACGUGGACAGCAAAGGGCUCAGCACUGAGGAAGCCUUCGAACGACUCAUCACUGCCCUCACGGAAAAACUCGAAGCUCAUAAAAGCAUUGUUGGGAGGAAUUGGAGAGAAAUUCUGCAAUCCUCCCUAAGUACGAGAAGCCGACAUUCCACCAUAACUUGGAGUUCUUUGCUCAUUUUAUUGGCUGAAAGUAUCAUUAUUUUUACACUCUACACAACAGGAUUUAGUCAUAUGUGGACCAAUCUGCUCCCGGAAGGCCUCGUAAUGUUUUUCUUAUUCGUCUUUAAUACCACCUUAGUCAUUUGGGGAAACUACAAGCGAGUAAAUGAAUUGCCAACAAAGCUGGAAAAGAUAAUCAUUCAGUUACGCGAGCUAAUGGCAUCCGAAAUUCUUUGGGAAGAAAAAAAUUAUCCGGAUUUGUUUAUGCCAGUAUCUCCUUGUAUUUCACUGCAGUGGUGCUAUCGUGAUGGAAAACUAGUCAACCUUCCUUGGGCCUUGUUAGUCCAAGGGGACGUCAUUGUUCUUCAUGCAGCUCAGAAAAUAGUUGCCGAUUGCGAACUUUUAAACGAUCCGGAUGUGAUUCUUAAGGCUGGAGAAAUCUAUUCUCCUAAUCCUCCUGAAACUGAAAAUAAUUUAGAAACUGAAAAUCCAAUCCAGCCACCUCGCCUACACCCACCUUUGUCAGAACGUGAAGCCAUAGUCACUGCGGCCCCCUAUCUGGAAAUGGUCGAUCUUUGUUUGGAUAUUUAUUUACAUCGACCACCAUCCUUUUACAACAAAGAACGACACACUGUUGUGGCCCGUAUUGUGGAGUGCGUACUACUACCCUUGGCAAUCAUGACAUUUGUUGCACUCUGCUUGGUCCGCAUGUUUUAUCUUCCACAUUGGCUGGGAAUAAGAGUGGCCCGGUGGGCAGACAUUAUUUUACUGCAACCUAUGGCUUCAACCUUUCCUCUAAUUCCAAUUGCACUUCCAACGUUAUGGACAUUACUGCAAUGUAUUGGUAACGCAAAAUUGUGGAAAGGGUUGCGUAUCUGGGGGUUCUCAAUCGAUAAGGAUAUCUUGGCAAGCCCAGGAAAAGGAGAAAAAGUUGUUCUUAACGAAUGGAAACAGCAAACCCGAAAUUUCAUAGAAUCAAUUAAAAACAUCAAAUCUUUUUUUCUUGAACGCGAAGAAACACUGCACCGAUCUCAGAAAGUUUUAGAUAUCUUGGCAUCUACGACAGCUCUCUGUUGUGUUGAUAAGAAGGGUAUUCUCUCCUGGCCAAAUCCCACUGCUGAUAAACUGUUUUUCUUUCGAACCGUCCCAGGACAACACCCAGAAGAAAGUUCAACCUCAUCUGAAAAGCCCCGAGAUCCACAGCGAAGAAAGAGUUCAGCAUCACUUCCGUCCAUUCCAAUGACCACAAUUGCUGAAGUGCUUGAUAUAACGGUGGAUAGCAACAAUGAACUCCAUUUUGACGAUACCCAUUGGGAAAAUUAUUUAGGUAAUCUCAAACCCUUGGGUUUGAAUAUUCUACUAAACACAUGCAAUCCACAAACUCAAGAGACUUAUUCGUCAUUCCACUCUCAUAUCAGCCACGAAGUAAUGUUCAGUAAGAAAAAUAUCAAAUCCAGUUAUGGGUUAGUGAUCCCAGUUACUUCGAGACGAUGCUUAUGUGAAGUUGCAAAUAUGAUUGGUUUCAAGGACAAGGCCACCACUGCAUUUACUCUGGAACAACAGCUAUGUUCUUAUCGACAUAUUGAAUCAGAUCAACUGAGUCGUGAUCAACUAACUAAAGCCAAAAUCAAAUUCCCUUUCCCUCACAUGAUGAGCAUUGUUAUGAAGGAAAAAGCCAGUCACACACUACAACUAUUCUCUCAGGGAACAGGGGAUAUUGUUACUGACGUCUCUGAAGAUUUUUGGGAUGGAAAAGAUUUGCGUCCAAUCAAUGAAAAUGAAAGGAAACUCAUUAGUGAUUUUUAUCAGCGAUCGUCUUUAAGCUCUAUCUGUACGGCUUUCGCAUACAGACCUGUCCAAACUACGGUUAACCCGUCCAUUGCAUCUCUGUACAUGGAGCUACCUCCUUCAAAAGGUUUACGAGUCCAUCCUUCUCAAAAUCAAGGAAUACGAAAUUCAAAUCAUCAGAACUCUCCUGGAUUCUUAAAUAUGCAGGAUUCACAAGAGUCACACAUAUCAACUGACUGUCUAUUAGACCUGCACAAAAUAUCCAACUCAGAAAUUCGUGACGUUCAAGGGUCUCUGGAUUUGCAAAUUGGGCAAAUUUUUCUCGGAAUGGUUACAAUGCAAUAUGCAGCUUGUAUUGAUAUUGUCUCUCUAAUCGAGCAAUUGGAUCAAGGUUGUAUAAGAUUCGUGCAUUUUUCCAAAGAGAAUGAACUACGAUCCCGAGUAUUUUCUGAAAAGAUGGGGCUUGAAUCGGGGUGGAACUGUCACAUAAGUUUAGCUGCUCCAGAAGAUGCCACCUCGUCAAAGGAACAUUUGGAUACCUUAUCAUAUCUGAACCAUCAUGAAGAUACUACUGUUUGCCAGGAAAAUGAAGAAAUUCCUAUGUGUCGAAAUAAUAGAUUAGGAAUAAAACGGUCAAGUUGCCCAAAACCAUCGAAAACAUUGUUGUCUCCAGAAGAAACCGUCUUGCUCCCAAGGUGCUCUGCAUCAGUACCAGAAAUGGUCUUGCUUUCCCAGAAUUCUAGUGCUGAAGAUGAUGAAGGAAAAACUGAAGCCAGCAGCAGCCAUAAUAACUCUGCCACAGCGAAGAAUUCCUUUAAUGAAUCUUUGUCAUUUGCAUUUAGCAGCGACGAGGAGGAACCAAGCACAGUACGAGUACGAUUUGAGGAAAAGAAUUUAAACGUUGGAGCAGAUCAGAAAAAUAGUAAUCGGCCAUCUUCAAUUUUGGGGUCUACCUCUUCAGCCGUGCUGUCUCCUGACAGUUUCCCAGAGAUGUAUGAACUUACUGAACACCCCACACCACUCGGAAUUGACUUGACGAAUAGAGCCCAACUUCCUGUAGGGAUUGAAAAUAUUCGUCCUCAUCUCGAUUCUGUUGAUAAUGUUCCAUUGCUUGUCUCAUUAUUUACGGACUGUAAUGCAGAAAAUACAGGAGAAAUGAUCAGUAUUAUGCAGGAUUAUGGAGAAAUAACAUUGCUGUUGGGUUCAGCAUGUAAUUAUGAAAAUAGAUCGUUGUUUUUGCAAGCGGAUGCAAGCGUUGCAGUGGAACCGUUAUAUCCACAAUCUUGUCAAAGAAGGCCAACAUUUGUUGAACCGAAAAAUGGUUGUGCAUCUCCGACAGAUAUUGCAAUGCUGCUCACUUCACUACCCUGCGCUUUAUCACUCAAAAGAAAAGACUGUUCACUGUUUUAUGAUUUAAUAGCCCAAGCGAGACACUUUAUGAAUAAAUGUGUUCGUAAUGCAAUACAGUUUUGGAUUUGCUGCAAUUGUUCAGUCACUUUUUUAGGAUUACUUGCAUUGUUAAUGCUGCUGCCACCAUUGUUUUCUUUAAGCGAUAGCAUUUGGCUGAGUUGUAUAAUAAUCCCUAUUUUAACAAUGGGACUUGCAUUCUCUAUAAUUAAUAGAGUCGACAUAUCCGUAAUGAGUGCUCCAAGUUUUAAGAACCAGAUGAUAAUUGAUCGGCAGAUGGUGGUGUAUAGCUUCUGGUGUUAUGGAAUGAAGUUUAUUCCGUCCGUUGUGAACGUCGUUUUAAUGGCAUCGUUUAACCUUCGUUGGAUUUGCGAACAUCUUCCCAACCCAAACUCAACAGCAUGUUCCUGGGUUUAUCCUAUUACGUUAAAAACACAAGCACUCGGAGAAGUUAAACAACCCCCUCCAGCCAUUUUAUCCAUGACGGAAAAUUCAGCCCCACGACCUACACAGUGUAUUUCAACAUGGAGCUGUGAAAAUCUAAAUCGACUAAUCUUUGUGCAACAAUUUAGCAUAUUUUUUCUUGUUUUAUACUUUGUAAUAAUAUCGUCAUGCUUUGUCUAUCGAUCCCGAUAUUUGUGGAAGAGAAAUCCUGCUGUGAACAAAGUAUGGGUCUCAACAAGCAUAUUCGUAUUACUCUUACAAUCCUUGCAUUGGGUAAUAAAAGUGGGAUCUAAAUCUCCUACGUAUGAUCUUUUACCUGCAUAUUCUUAUAUAUGGGGCUUCUUGUUUGCUCCUCUUGCGCUGACUUUUAACGAGCUAAUUCGUCGUUAUGAAAUCAAGGCAAAUAUACGUUAUGAAAAACGUGCUCGUCUAGACUUUGGCACAAAAUUAGGAAUGAAUUCUCCUUUUUAAUGGUAUUUAAUAAUUAACCCACUUACAUAAUUAUAAGUUAUAAUUUGUGACUAGUCAGUUUAUUCCCAAUAGCAUUCAACUUUGGUGAUAUGCUAUUUUUGAUGUAAAUGUGAUUUUUGUCUUUAGUCAAUUUCAGUCAAUUUCAAAGGUUCAGUACAAUUUAAUUAUUUUAUUCAAAACAUGAUACUUUGUGGCCAACAAAAGUAUUUUUUAUUGUGUCACAAAUAAACCUGCGAGACUGAGUAAUUGCCAACCAAAACA